AUGGGCGGCGGCAACGGCCAGAAGUCCAAGAUGGCGCGGGAGAGGAACGCCGAGAAGAACAAGGGCGCCAAAGGCACGUGUAUCCAUCCAUCUCUUCAAUCGCCCCGCCCCGAUUCCCCCUCCCUGCCUGUCCUUCCUUGCUCGCCGUCUCGUCUGAUUCCAUCGAUUUCCUCUCCGUACUUACUUGCAGGCAGCCAGCUGGAGGCCAACAAGAAGGCCAUGAACAUCCAGUGCAAGAUCUGCAUGCAGACUUUCAUCUGCACCACCUCCGAGGCCAAGUGCAAAGAGCAUGCUGAGGCAAGGCAUCCCAAGAACGACCUCUACCAGUGCUUCCCCCACCUCAAGAAUUAG